GGGGAUCGGUCCUUAGGAAAGAAGGGACCGUUCCUCUUCUUGCCCAUUCGAACGAAGAAGAGAGGCGACGGUGGCAAUCUCCCACUCGGACCUCCCCUAUUUACCUCUCUCUUAAUCUCCGCCCUUCCCUGCCUUCUCCCGGGGAUUUUCGGCACUGUUCAUCGUCAUCUACCUCUUGACGAGAACAGAGUAGCAGCGACAAGGAUUUCCCCCAUUUCCCUCUAUUUCUCAGAACUGCUCACCUUUCCCUCUUCUGACUUACCCUCCGACCAUUAGUCUUUUGUCUAUCAUUCCCGCCGGCAAGAACGAACGACUCGCAGCAGUGGUGCGUUGUUUUCUCUCGUUCGCUGUAGCAUAGACUUAAAGCUUAUUCUUGGCGAAACCGAAGUUGGAAGUCCGUUUUUCUUCAUCAAAUCUUUCCAGACCAGGAGAGACAUCCUGAAAUUACAACAAGCUCAGGUCUCCCUCUCGCACAUCGAGUAGGUUCAGGCCAGAACAUAGAAGAACCUGAAAAACAAUGGCUAAGAAGCGAAAGCACAGUGAGGCAGAGGUUUCAGAACCUUCAAAGAAAGAAGUCGCUCUCCAGAGACCUAAAAGGACGCUCUUUGGAUGGAAAGAUGGAGUCGAGGAGAAAGAGGGCGAUUCUCUGAUUUUCAGAAACAGGGAGAAGUUACUGGUUACAUGUUCCCGACGCAUUGUUUACAGGUACCGGCAUUUGAUGUUGAAUGUGGUUUCGCUCUUGCCUCAUUGCAAGAAAGAUAACAAGGUUGAGUCGAAAGAAAGCAAAGGAUCAACACUAAAUGAGCUGGUUGAACUGAGGAACUGUUCGUCUUGCUUGUUUUUUGAGUGCAGGAAGCAAAAAGAUCUUUACCUUUGGAUGGCCAAGUGUCCUAGUGGGCCUUCUGUGAAAUUUUUAGUUAAUGCUGUGCACACGAUGGAAGAACUGAAGCUCACAGGAAACCAUCUGAAAGGCUCGCGACCGAUUUUAACUUUCUCCUCUAACUUUGAUAAAGAUCCUCACUGGAAGAUUUUAAAAGAGUUGAUCAUGCAGAUAUUUGGAACUCCAAAGGAUCACAGGAAAUCUAAACCUUUCUAUGACCAUGUUUUUGUUUUCUCAAUUGUUGAUGAUCACAUAUGGUUCCGCAAUUACCAGGUUUCUGUUCCUCACAAUGAAAUGGAUAAAGUGGAUCGGGGCGGUCUGGAUAAAAUGACUCUUGUGGAGGUUGGUCCAAGAUUCUGUUUAAAUCCAAUCAAGAUAUUUGGAGGGAGCUUUGGAGGUCCAACACUGUACGAGAACCCGUUUUAUAUAUCUCCAAACCAGAUUCGUGCAUUAGAGAAGAGGAAAAAGGCUGGCAAGUAUGCAAAGAAGAUUAAAGCCAAGACAAGGAGGAAGAUGCAUGAGCUGUCAAAUCCACUGGAGCCUGAUGAGUUUGCAGAUAUGUGGAAGGAAUGAUCAGUCUGUCAGUAUGCAUGUUUGUUCCAUUGGGUACGGGAACUCCUCGAGCUAAGAUACCUCCUAGUAUGCAAAACAUUCGACAGUAUUUUGGUUAGAGUUCUUUUCCGAUCCCUCCAUCCACUGACCCACCCCUUGCAAUUUUGUCAAGAAGCAUAUGCUUGUAUUUUUUCAAUCUGAAAGGUGGUGGGUAUUUAGAAGAUGAGAUUUAUUUAUUUGUUUUUUCUUAGUUUUUAUAUACCUUUUUAUAUAAUCCGGGAUAUGUUGUAUUAAUAAAAGACAUACGCUUAUAGGCUUUGAUUGGAAGGAGCUUAGGAAAAGUUGGGCUUUAGAAGGUUUGUUGCCCAUUAUACCAAA